CAAACUGCAUUUAAAGCUGCUGGGCCCUGAAACUCCAUGCAGCACUUUGAAACUGCUCCACAGCCUUUCUCCUUCACCUACCGCUUGGGGCUAACACACAGGCAUGAACUUCUAUUGAGGAAAGCCACAAAAAGCUUCAAAAAAGUUCUAACGGGAAAAAGAGAGCAUUGUCCCACAGUCAGCAGGCCACUAACUUAUUAACUUCCAGUCACCUUGAUUUUUGCUGAAAUGAAGACUCUGCAGUCUACAUUUCUCCUGCUCCUGCUUGUGCCUCUGAUAAAGCCAGCACCACCAACUCAGCACGACUCUCGCAUGACCUAUGAUUAUGGAACAGAUAGUUUUGAAGAAGCCUUGUUUAGUCAAGAUUUUGAGGAUAAAUAUCUGGAUGGAAAAAAUAUUAAGGAAAAAGAAACUAUGGUAAUACCCAAAGAGAAAAGUCUUCAAUUACAAAGAGAUGAGCAUGCAACGCCACCGCCCUUCAAGAAGGAAAAUGAUGAAAUGCCCACAUGCCUGUUGUGUGUUUGCUUAAGUGGCUCUGUAUACUGUGAAGAAGUUGACAUUGAUGCUGUACCACCCUUGCCAAAGGAAUCAGCCUACCUUUAUGCACGAUUCAACAAAAUUAAAAAGCUGACUGCGAAAGAUUUUGCAGAAAUACCUAACUUAAGAAGACUUGAUUUUACGGGAAAUCUGAUUGAAGAUAUAGAAGACGGUACUUUUUCAAAACUUUCUCUGUUAGAAGAACUUACACUAGCUGAAAAUCAACUACUGAAGCUUCCAGUUCUUCCUCCCAAGCUUACUUUAUUUAAUGCAAAAUAUAACAAAAUCAAGAGUAGAGGAAUCAAAGCAAAUACAUUCAAAAAACUGAACCACCUCUCCUUCCUCUACUUGGACCACAAUGCCCUGGAAUCUGUGCCUCUUAAUCUACCAGAAAGUCUACGUAUAAUUCAUCUUCAGUUUAACAACAUAACUUCAAUCACAGAUGAUACAUUUUGCAAGGCUAAUGACACCCGUUAUAUUCGGGACCGCAUUGAAGAGAUACGCCUGGAGGGCAACCCCAUCGUCCUGGGAAAGCAUCCCAACAGUUUUAUCUGCUUGAAAAGAUUGCCUGUAGGGUCAUACUUUUAACUACUACCAAUGCAGCAUAUAAACUAAAGUACACACAUGCAUAUUGUCUGUCUCAACAAUGUCUAAAGGAGCAUAAAUAUUUAAUAUUCACUUUGUGUCCCACUAUGAAGGAAUUUCAUGUUUUAAACAAGGAUGUUCAAAAAUCUUAUACAGAACAAGUAAAAAGUAAAAUUGAAUCCAAAGUUCAAAACAAAGUAAUAUGAAAAUAUUUAAACAGCAUUACAAAAUCCUUGUAGUUUAUACCAUAGUGCCAUUUAAAAGGUAUGUUUUUAUAUAAAUACCCAAAUUUAAGAAGCAUUAUUUCCAUUACUAAUUAAGUGGAAGGAUAAGUCCAAAAAACUUUCAACUGUUUGUCUUUCUUGGCCUUUACUGGAUCCCUAAAGCAUUUAAGGAAGACGUUCCAAAAACUUUGAAAAGCUAAGUAUUUCCAGUGAUCUCCCAUUUUUCUUUCAUGAUUCAUACGUUAUUCAUUAUGAAGUAGGAACUUUGUUUUCCCUCUAUUAAGGCAGCUAUUAUAUUUUUACUUAGCCCGAGAAGUAGGUAUUGUCUCAUAUCUAGGCAAAACUUUCCAAAUAAAGCAUAAUCUUACUCUCUCAUAAAGAUCUAGUAGAGUAAUCAAAGUUCUUCUGCUUUAUAGUCACACAGUUAAAGGCUUUAGUAAAAUAGUACAAAAUCUUCCUUUUUCUAAAUACUGACAUUCCAGUCUACCAUAAAACAUUUUAAGGAGCGAAGCAGAACAAAAUCAGUGUGCUCAUUCAAAAAAAAACAAAAAAUAAAACCAAAAAAUCUUGAAUGUACAUCCCAUCACUCAAAAAAUAGCUAUAAAGUUCAGCUUUCAAAUAUGACAGAUACUGCAAAAUAUUUUCUUUUUACCACCAUAGCAGUGAGAAUCUCAUCAAUAAAUCUGUUCAAAUAUAAGACAUGAAAGCAGUGAAUUUUGUGGUGUUACUGCACACCACCUCCCCCCUCCCAACCUAUACACAUCACAGUCAUGCAAACUGACUAUACCUUCACAAGAAAGCUUCGGAGCAACAUUUUCUAAAGGCCCAGGAUUAACUGAUCAUUUUGCAGUGUGAAUUCAUCUACACUCUAAUGGUGAUGACUCAUCAUCAAACAACUCUGCCAGAUUAAAGUUCCUAAAAUAACCUUCCUCUUGACCAAAACCCACUCAAAGUCUUAUUCCCCCACAUUGUAUUGAGAUUACAUCCAAAAUUAUCAGUGCUUUAGAUGCACAAGUCUGAACUGUGUACAUAAAAAUUUCUAAUACUGUUUCCAACAUAAAUCGUACAUUAGAAUCAAGUUGGUCUCCAUAUACAAUUCCCACAACAAAGAGUCACUCAUAUUUUUAAGCAUUUGCUUCUGUUUUUCCCUAUGCUGAAUGAGCUCCUAUCUGUUCUUCAAUUUUCUCCCCAUUUGUCAAGGUUGACCCAAAGAUGAGACUUUGUUCAUUAAAACAUCUGUGAUGUCUUAAGGCCACAAUUAUUACCCCUAUGCUAGUUAUUAACUCACCUGCUUCUUUUAUUUUGGUAAUUGAUAGUCACUAACUAUAUACUACUUUCUCAUUAUUUUGUGUGCAUGCCUCAUUUCUCUGUGACUGAAAGCUCACUGAACAAAACCAGUAUUCCCUUUAUAUUUUCAAUGUGCCUAGCAUAAUAGUAGUGAGCACAUCUGAAUUGAAUAUGCAAUGAAAAGAACAAAAUAAAAUUCAUUUAAACCAA